AGCGGCUUCCCGUCUCUCUUUACGCGGCGUGGACACGUGUGUGUAUGUGCGCGCACGCGGGGACCUGGAGAGCCCCGGAUGCUUCGCCCUGCAGAGCGAAGUUCCCUAGCUAGCAGGGCAGCCCUUGCCGCCACAGAGUGAUGCAUCAUGCCCAUCGUGGACAAGUUGAAAGAAGCCCUAAAGCCUGGGCGAAAAGACUCUGCUGAUGAUGUUGAGCUGGGCAGGCUGUUGGCAGCUUCUGCCAAGAAGGUUUUGCUGCAAAAGAUUGAGUUUGAACCAGCCUCUAAAAGCUUCUCCUACCAGCUGGAGAGCCUCAAGAGCAAGUAUGUUUUGUUGAACCCGAAGACAGAAAACCCCAGUCGCCACAAGGGCUCUGAAGAAGGGCUCAUUCGGAAGCAAGGCAAUGAGCAUGUGCAGGGAGGUGACGGUGUGCCAGCCCCACAGAAGGUCCUCUUCCCUGUGGAGCGUCUCUCCCUGAAAUGGGAGCGGGUGUACCGCGUUGGAGCUGGUCUCCACAACCUGGGCAACACUUGCUUCCUCAACUCCACUUUGCAGUGUCUGACAUACACCCCACCUCUAGCCAAUUACCUGCUUUCCAAGGAGCACAGCCGCAGUUGUCACCAGGGAGGCUUCUGCAUGAUGUGCAUUAUGCAGAAUCACAUGAUACAGGCCUUCGCCAACAGCGGCAAUGCCAUCAAGCCAGUGUCCUUCAUCAGAGAUCUUAAAAAGAUUGCUCGGCACUUCCGUUUUGGCAGUCAGGAGGAUGCUCAUGAGUUCUUGCGCUACACCAUUGAUGCCAUGCAGAAGGCCUGCCUCAACGGUUAUACCAAGCUGGAUCGGCAGACUCAAGCUACCACAUUGGUGCAUCAGAUCUUCGGCGGCUACCUCCGGUCUCGUGUGAAGUGCUCCGUGUGCAAGAGUGUUUCAGACACUUACGACCCCUACCUGGACGUGGCUUUGGAGAUAAGGCAGGCUGCCAACAUCGUGCGGGCGUUAGAGUUAUUCGUAAAGGCAGACGUACUGAGUGGGGAGAAUGCCUACAUGUGUGCCAAGUGCAAGAAGAAAGUGCCAGCCACCAAGCGUUUCACCAUCCACCGGGCAUCCAAUGUACUCACAAUCUCGCUCAAGCGCUUUGCCAACUUCAGUGGGGGCAAGAUCACCAAGGAUGUCGGCUACCCUGAAUUCCUGAAUAUCCGUCCCUACAUGUCACAGAGUAAUGGUGACCCUGUCAUGUAUGGCCUCUAUGCUGUGCUUGUACACUCGGGUUACAGCUGCCAUGCAGGGCAUUACUACUGCUACGUCAAGGCUAGUAAUGGGCAGUGGUACCAGAUGAAUGACUCCCUGGUACAUUCAAGCAACAUCAAAGUUGUUCUCAACCAACAGGCCUAUGUGCUCUUCUAUCUUAGGAUCCCAAGCACCAGGAAGAAUCCUGAGGGAUCCAUCUCCAAAAGCAACUGCCCUGUGCCCAACCGAGCCAGCAUUGUCUCUGACCACAUGAAGAAAAGCGUGAGCAACGGGGCCCUCACGUCGCCACUAAUAAGCAAAAGGCAAGAUGCGACUCAGGCCAAAAAAAUCUCGGACGCCGAGGAGUCUGGUGUCCCUGUUCCCCGCAACUCCUUCUCUUCCAACUCCAAGCCUCAGAAUGGGACGCUUGCUGCUCUUCCCAAGCUCAUCCCUAUCCCUGGGUUCUCAUCACCCAAGCUCCCCUCCAAGCCAACGUUCCUGGAUGACUUAAGCAAGAGAUGCAAGAAGCAGCCUCUCCUGCCACUGAAAUCAUCUCAGGACUUGAGUGAUGCCGGCAGUGCCAGGUUGGAGAUGGGCAGGCAGAGCUCCUGGGGAGACAAGCGCUUAGCAUCGUCUUCGCAGCUGCCAGACACUUCUGGAGGAGGCCCUGAGGCCAAAGUGCGUGAAGAAGGCACGGAGCUACAAAGCAAGGACUCCUCCUCCUUGACCUCCUCCUCCUCCUCUUCUUCAUCUUCUAGCAGUUCCUCUUCCUCCAGCCCAGCCCAUAACUCCAUCAAGGCACUUCCCCAGGCCACGUUGAGCAUCAAUGGCUACUGCUCUUCUCAGGAAACGGACUGUGCCUCUGGGAAACAUGUUUCCGAGGACUCCAAGUUUGCCAAGCUAAAGUCACCGUUGCUGGCGAAUGUGACCAAUCUGGAGCUGGGAAGUACCAUGUCACCCCCACCGGCAAAGAAACUGGCCCUUUCUGCAAGAAAGGGCAGCAACACACGGCAGAAGGUGAGCGGCAGUGAGCGUCGGGCGCCGCCCCACUCCCCACCAGCUGCCACAAAUACCACCCACCCCGUCCGCGCCGCUGUGCACGGCCAUCCCAGGGUGCUCUCACCUGCUUCCAAAUCUUCAGCACCUCCACAAGCCGCCGACAGCGCCUUUGUCAACUUCACACCCUCAUCCAGCUUCAAAUCACGCUGCCUCUCUGCUGCCCCUCUGUCUUCACCUGCGGUGCCCACAGGGACACCAAGCCUCUCUUAUCCAGCCGAGGACAAAGGGCCUUUCCUUGCCAGUUCUAAGAGGAGAAAACGGAAGCACAGCCCCUCGGAGGAAGAACAAGCCACCCAUUGCAACCCAGGCGUGACAAAUGGCAGUGCGGAGGGGACCUGGCUCUCCAAUCCUCCCAGGAAGAAAAGGCAACCGAAAGAAAACGGCAGCAUGGUGGCCAUUCCCGACUUGCAGGCAGACCAGAAGGGAGAAGGAGGGGGAAUGGCUGUAGACUACAGGGCACCAGAUUCUAAUUUAACCAGCUCCAUUCAGAAGAAGAAGAAGAAGAAAAAGAGGCUGCAGCAGAGGGAGGAAGGCUGCCCACUGCUGCUGUCUCCCGAGAGCAGCUGUCCUCCACAGUAUGAAGCAGAGGUCUGCCUACCACAUGUGUCGGUGGAAGACUCCUGUAGCAUGAAAAAGAAGAAGAAAAAGCAGAAAAAGCAGCCGCCUUCACCAGGUUCAGACACAGGCAGAGAGAGUGAGCACUGCAAGCACAAGAGGAAGGAGAAACAGCGUGACUCUGUGCCUGACGACAGCAGACCCCAAGAUGAAUUAACCGAGAACGGCCUUUCUUCGGGCAGAGUCAGCCCUCCAGGAGCAUUGGCCUGCGGCAGCCAGCUUACCCGUGGGGACGAGUGCUCCUUGAACAUCCUAAGUCCUGAGAAGGAAGGGCUACAUCAUAAGCGUGGGCGGUCGGAUGUAGUCCAGGAGCUGCUGAAAGAUUCUUUGGAUAAAGCUUAUGGAAAACAAGUGUUGACAUGGGAAGGUGAGGUGUCAGCCGUCAGCCAGGAUGCCAUGCGCGAUGCUGUAUGGUUCCAGAAACAGACAGUCCUUGAUGAUUGGGAUGAAGAGUUUGACAGUGGGAAGGUGAAGAAAAGCAAGAAGCUUAAGCGUGAGCGGAGGAGAAACUUCAAUGCCUUCCAGAAAUUGCAAAGCCGGCGUAACUUCUGGGCUGUGACACAUCCAGCUAAAGUAGCUAGCCUGAGCUAUCGGCUUUGAGAUGAUGAGUCCUUGGCUGCAGCAGUACAAUGGUGGACUCCUCUAUGUUGGAGCUGCUUGUGACCAAACGUAUAUCGUCACCCGUCGCAGGCUACCAACUCUAUGGAAUUUACAGGGAUUGCCCUGAGCGGAAUGCUACCAUUUCAGCUCCAAUGGAUCUUCUGUGUGGCGCCUGGGUUAAACCAGGCACUUGUCACCAUGAGCUACAGGAGCGCAAUGAGAAGCCUGUUCUCCCAGGGUAGCUGCGGGCAUUGUCUUGGGCUAACAGUGGGGCCAGGGGUGACCAGCCUUCUGAGGUAAAAUCCCUCUGCUACCUCCACCCCCACAAAUGUAAGCUUGGUGAGCUGUGAUGCCCUCCCCUGCCUUUCCUGCCAGGGGAAGAUGAAGAAAACUGAGAACUGUGUCCAGCUUCUGAGAGAUGGGACACUUUAUUGCCUAAAGUGGUGAUUGCCCCUUUUCCCUACUCCCCAGCUAUGUCAUUAUGACAAGGGUAACUUUUGUGGCUUUUCUUCACCCAUCUGUGUCCUGUCCCUAGUUGCCUCCUUUCAGAUGAGCAUAAAAUACUUCUCAGUGAAAUAUCUGAAUGUUUCUCUACAUCCUGCUCCUGCUGUAUAGAACCCUUGGAACUGAGCUCUGUACAGCAAGGGAAGCUGGUGGUGGAGUUGGCCUGCCCUGUAUCAUUGUGUGGCUGCUUUCCCCCCCCCCUUGUUUGUUAUUUUUUUUAAAUGAAAUUGCUGUCAGGGCCCCCAAAAGGUGCUGCUUCACCAUGACAACUUCUCAGUGGCAUCCUCAAACCAUAGUCAAGUCAGUACAUUGAGGUAGUAUUGUAUCUAUUGCUGGAGUCUUAUUACUUUGGACCUACAGGUGGGGACUUGACCGUUUGAAUGUUCUCCCAUAUUAAGAAAACAUGCCAAUUCUGCACAUACUAAACUAGGAGCCCUUUACCCAAAGGAAUAUUACAACUUUCAAUUCCUCACCUGCAAUUUGAAGCUUCCUUACUUGGGCCUUCACCGUCCCUCUUCUGCUCUUGUGCUAAUUAUCUUCUGGUGGGCAUCCUUGCACAGAUUGCGUGGCAGAAGAUAUGGCUUCCUUAGAGGAUCUGACUCUCGCAGUAGGUUUCUACCUCAGUUUGUGUUAGGGAGUGGCUGCCUACAACCUUGCUGCUUUGGUGCCAAGACAGAAUGGUCUGUUUCCUGCCGAAAUGAAAGAGACCCAAGUGGCCUGUGCCAAGCUUUCUACUGGGUAGUUGUCAAGCCAAGUGGGAAUAAGGGCUCCUGUUCCUGCAGGGCUGGUCUAGGUUUUUAUUUAUUCCUUUGUAUCUGCUGCUGUCUGGUGAUUACCUUGGUGGCUCUCAGGCACCCUUUACUUGUAACUUUCCAAAAGUGCAUGAUCAGUUUGAGGGGCAGUCCAUGUGCAUCCCACCCAGUCUUGCACCCGCUGCAUCCAGUCAAUCUUGUUGCCCAUUCAACCUUGGCACCCAUUUUCUCAAUUCACAGAUUGGGUGCGAGGGUUGAAAACAAAUCUAAUUCUUUCCACCUUGUAACAUAUCAAAACAGUUACGGUUUUGGCCCCUUCGUUUAUUUUGAGCUGACAAUGUUUUGGUUUUUUUCCUGGGGGGGAGGGGGGGGCACUGAAACUAUUCACUCUCUCAGUGGGGAGCAGAGUCUCCCCCUCUGGCAGUGCCCAUUUUAAAAUCUCCUGCCAACAUGUAGAUACCCUGAACAGGGGAACACUUUGCACCUCGUGCUGGGGCUUAUUGCAGUAGCCCUAGUUGUAGCAACGGUCCAUGGUGCAAUAAAGGAAUGUUUUGUGUA